AUGGCCGAGUCACAACUCACCAGUUUCCAGAAAGAAAAAAUUCUGAGAGUUUUUAAUAUACUCUACGAUAGCAAUAAAGAUGGCUUCAUAGAAGAGAGAGACUUCGUAAUGGCGAUUGAGAAAAUCCGUAAGAUCCUGGAGUGGCCGGUGGAUUGUAAGAAACACAAGGAGACACAGGAAGCCCUUGGAUUGAUCUGGAAGGGAUUACGAGCGUAUGCUGACGUCAACGCUGACGACCGUGUGUCCCAGGAAGAAUGGGUCCGGAUGUGGGAGGACUGCAUCAGAAGUAACACCGUCCCCGAAUGGCAGCAGAAGUUCAUGGACUUUAUGUUCAACGUCAACGAUAAAUCAGGUGACAACGAGAUUGACGAAACGGAGUACAAGACUUACUACCAAAAUUACAUCUCGGUGGAAGAUUGUGAGAAGGCCUUCCAAAAGAUAUCAGGUGGGAAGAACAUCUCUCGAUCUGAGUUCAGUCAGCUCUGGAAGGAGUAUUUUUUCUCAGAUGACCGUCAGGCGAGAGGAAACUAUCUGUUUGGCGUCCCAGAAUUCCUGGCUGCGUGA